UAUAUGUAUGUUGAUUUCAUCCCUCUGAGCUUUGUCUCGACAUGCUCUUCUGCAGAGGAAGAAAGGGCAAUGGCCAUUUUUGGAAUGAGAUGCUUCAGCUCCAAGAAGAUGGCGCUCCUGUGCUUCUUCUUCUUCUUCUUCGUGGCCGCUGUUCAAGUUCGAGCACAGACGACAGAUGCAGGUUUCAUUAACAUCGACUGCGGCAUCCCGGAGAACUCUUCCUACGUCUCGGGCCUAACUUACGUCUCCGAUGCACAGUAUACGGACACCGGUGUCAACUACAACGUCUCGCCGGCGUCCUUCCCUGCUCUCGCUCAACGAUUUUUGACGGUGAGAAGCUUCCCUGACGGAGCUCGCAAUUGCUACACCUUCAAGUCGAUCGUCCCGGGGUGGAAGUACCUCAUCAGAGCAACAUUCUUGUACGGGAACUACGACCUCAAAAACAGUCCUUCCGUUCAGUUUGAUCUCUACCUCGGCGUCAACCUCUGGAAGACGAUAAACCUGACAGAUCCAUCAAGUAACUAUUUGACCGAAGCUGUUACCGAGGCCAUCACUGAUCUGAUAUCAGUGUGUCUGGUGAACACCGGCCGUGGGACUCCUUUCAUAUCGGGGUUGGAUCUGAGACCAACGGCGGCGUCUCAUUAUCCGCUGGUCAACGCCUCUCGCAGUCUGGUUCUUUUGGAUCGCUUCAACAUGGCGCCGACCGGUAUCUCUAUCAGGUAUCCAUUGGACCCGUAUGAUCGUUAUUGGUUCCAAUAUACAACCCAACCUUCCUGGGAUGAGAUAUCCACCAACUCCACUGUCGAAGCUCUUGGGAAUGAUCACUUUGAGGUCCCUUCCAAGGUGAUGCAGACAGCAGUUUUCCCUGCGAACUCCACCAAACUGGAGCUCAGUUUCACACCAGAUCCUGGAGACCUCGAUGAAUUCUACGCCGUCAUGUACUUCGCCGAGCUGCAGCAGAACGCCUCGAGGCAGUUCUUCGUCUACCUCAACGGAGCCCUGUUGAAUGACGCCAAACCUUUCACUCCGGACAUCCUCGUUUCCGACGCCAUAUAUAACAUCAAUCCUAGCGCAGGAUACAGUGAGUUAAACAUCUCACUGGUCGCAACAGAGAGUUCCGCACUUCCUCCCCUCCUCAACGCCGUGGAGGUCUUCUCGACGGUGCGAAACACGAACGUGGCAUCGGAUGGUGGAGAUGUUCAUGCCAUGAUGGCGAUCAAGGAAUGGUAUCAGGUGAAGACCAACAAUUGGGCAGGCGAUCCAUGUUCUCCCAAAUCUUAUACCUGGGAUGGGCUUAAUUGUACCUUCAAUGCAUCUGGUAUUCAGAGGGUCACUGCACUCAAUCUGUCAUACAAAGGAUUGAUUCGUGAAAUAAGCCCUUCUUUUGCCAGCCUCAGUGCGAUUCAGUUCUUGGAUUUAUCUCACAACAACUUAACAGGGCCAAUACCUGCUGCUCUGGCAUAUAUACCAUCUCUCAAGCUCUUAGAUUUGACAGACAACCAACUCGAUGGAUCAAUUCCUUCUGCUCUUCUCGAGAGAUCACGGAAUAAAUCGAUUACUCUAAGAACUGAUGGCAACCCAAACCUCUGUGACGAUCCUGCUUCUUGCGAGUCAAAGCCGACGUCAAGGCAGAAGGGAAAGACCGCAGCUAUAGUUAUAUCUUGUGUGGUUUCCGUGGUGGUACUCUUUGCGGCGGUAAUCAUUCUCUACAUGCUAAGAAAGAAACAAGGCUUGAAAUCCUCGUCAAGAGGAACCACUGAUAAGCUUCAUAACGAAGAUGAAUUGCAACUUGAGAAUCGAAAGUUUACAUAUAGGCAGCUGCAGAGCAUCACUGACAACUUUGAGAGAAUCAUUGGAAAAGGAGGAUUUGGGACUGUUUAUUAUGGCCAUCUGGAAAAUGAUACCGAAGUUGCUGUCAAGAUGCUAUCCCAGUCAUCAUCACAAGGAACUAAAGAGUUUCUUGCCGAGGCCCAGCAUUUGACGAGGGUGCAUCACAAGAAUCUAGUCUCUAUGGUCGGCUACUGCAUGGAUGGAGAUCAUUUGGCACUUGUCUACGAGUUCAUGUCUCAGGGAACCCUUAAAGACCAUAUUAGAGGUACUGGCACUGCUGCACCUUUGAGCUGGGAACAGCGCCUACAGAUCGCUCUUGAAGCUGCACUAGGACUCGAGUACUUGCACACCGGCUGCAAGCCUCCACUGAUUCAUAGAGACGUGAAGACCACAAACAUCCUCUUGAACGAAAGGCUGGAGGCAAAGAUAUCAGAUUUCGGGCUCUCCAGGACUUUCCAGAGUGACGGCCACAGUCAUGUCUCCACCAGGGUCGUCGGCACCAUGGGAUACCUCGAUCCAAAGUACUACACCAAAAACCAACUGAGCCAGAAGAGUGAUGUGUAUAGCUUUGGGGUGGUUCUCUUGGAGCUGAUCACAGGGCAACCUCCGGUGGUGAAUGAUCCCGAGAACACUCACCUGGUGGAAUGGGUUCGCCGAAGGCUUUCAAAAGGGAACAUCGAGGACGUGGUCGACCCGAGCCUGCAGCAGGAGAACGUUGUGAAUUCUGCUUGGAAGGUGGCCAAUGUGGCGCUGGCAUGCGCUGCUCAUGCGUCGAGCAACAGGCCGACGAUGAGUGAUGUGGUGAUGCAGCUGAAGGAAAGCUUGGCGUUGCACGGUGACGGAGCUAAGCUCCAUUUCCAGCACUCGAACAGCGAGAAGAUGUACACUGAUUCGGGGGAUAUAAGCCAGAUUAGUAAGUUUGAUAUCGAGCAGGUUGGGAACAUUUCAGAUAGCGAAGGCCCUUCAGCAAGGUAACGCUGGUCUCGCCACAUCUGUUUUGGGUCGCGCUUCGCGUGGUUCGAGAAUGAACACAAACGGGAGGAGAAUGUAUCCGGCUUCUUUGUGCUCAAAGACCACAAGUAUUGGGAGUUACUCGACGUAACAACAAAUAUUAUACAUAUGUUAAAGCAUUUCAUCGAUGGGUUAAGGUUUGA